CUGUGCCAGCUGUACGAAUUUGUCGGCGAUGGCGCCGAACGUGUGCAGAUCAUAUUUUCCGAGUUCCGGUUGCCGUCGAAGCUUGGGCCCACCGAAUGCGGCGACACGGAUAUCCUAAUGGUCUAUUACAUCGUCGACGAGCGCGAGGAGCUCGUUGAAACGCUGUGCGGUGACACCCUGCCGAAACCGAUCCUGUCCGAGGGUCCACGGUUGCUGCUCGAGUUCCGUAGCAGCUACAACAAUACGGAAAACAAGGGAUUUACCGGAGACUUUUUCUUCAUCACCAAUUUCGGCAUACCGACGGGCCGGCAGCCGAACCAAUCGGAGUGCAUCUUUCACUACUUCAGGAACGCCACCAGCCAGGGAUGGAUACAGUCACCCAACUUUCCCGGAGCAUAUCCAAGGAACAUCAUAUGCCACUACCUCUUCCACGGCGGACCGCAUGAUUACGUUCACGUUCGCUUCACGUACUUCGACAUUGAAGGAAUACUGCCCUGCGAUGAGAGCUCAGCCAGCGAUUACGUGGAGUUUUCUAAUUUUAACACGCGCGAUCGCAAGUAUGCGCUGUACUGCGGUAAGUGGCGUGAGUUGGCGGUCCGCUCCGAUGGGCGGUUCUUCCGAAUUACGAUGGCUUCGAACGAUCGGCUUGAUGGCACGGGGUUCCGUGCGCUCUACACGUUCGAGACGACGCAGGCCGUGACGGAGACGGAGGGUUCCGUCGCCGGUGCGAUGGACAAGGUCACAAGCAGUGCCGAAAAUUUGCCGGUGUUGUCGUUAGGACUGUCGCUGUUGGUGCCGGUGGCACUGAUUACGGUCGCGUUCGGCUCCGCAGCACCCGACGUCAUUAGGAUCAUUGGUUUAAAGCUAAUAAAAUUCCUCCAAGACUGAUGACAACAUUCCGUCGGCCGCUUGAGCGGGGAGCACCCACGGAAACGGCAUGGAAAACCCCGCCCGGCUACGGUCUGCACGCAAAAUU